GUGGUCGGGAUAACACGACUAAGAAGGCAUGUAAUUUUGUGCACCACAUCCUUAUCAAUUACAACAUUUGAACAAGUCUUCAAGAGUUCCAUAGCAAGUGUUGAGAGGAAUUGCACCUUAACCCACCUCAUGGCUUUUCAUUUCAUGUGUUUAUCCAACUAUGUGCUUAUUCCCCUGUGACAAAUUUAAUCCUAAAUAUCUUCUUAUUUCCUUAUUUUUUUGUUUCAAUUUCUUUAUUAUCGUGACCAAUUUCUUACUUCAUCAAUUUUGUUCGUCACAUAGUCAUAUCAUAUUCAGUAGUGCAGCAACCAGCUAGUAUUAACUAUUCACCCCCUUUAAGAUAGACAGGAUUGGAACUAAGGAAAUAAACACAUAGCUGAGGAGCCAUUUAUUCUUAUCAAAGCUUUUGUAGGAAGAGAAUAAGAGAAAGCCUUAAAUAUAUCAUUGCAAUGGAGAAGGGUGGCAAUGAAGACCAGGCCUCAACGCUCAACAAAUAUGCCUUAGGAUGCGUCAUAGUGGCUUCAAUGGUAGCCAUCAUAUCCGGUUAUGAUACUGGUGUUAUGAGUGGAGCUCUCCUAUUCAUAAAGGAAGAUAUUGGAAUCAGUGAUACCGAACAAGAAAUUCUAGCUGGAAUCUUAAAUCUUUGUGCAUUGGUAGGAUGCUUAGUUGCUGGAAGAACCUCUGAUUACAUUGGUCGCCGCUACACAAUCUUAUUAGCCUCUUCCCUCUUCUUGAUUGGUGCAGUUUUCAUGGGGUAUGGUCCAAACUAUGUUAUAUUAAUGAUUGGGAGAUGUGUUUGUGGUGUGGGUGUGGGGUUUGCUCUCACAACAGCACCAGUUUACGCUGCAGAGAUUUCCUCUGCAUCAUAUCGGGGUUUUCUAUCUUCCUUACCUGAGCUAUGCAUUGGUCUUGGGAUUUUUACUGGAUAUAUCUCAAACUACUUCUUAGGGAAACUAGCUUUGAAACUUGGAUGGAGACUGAUGCUUGGUCUUGCAGCAAUUCCAUCACUUGGAUUGACUUUGGGCAUUCUAACCAUGCCAGAGUCUCCAAGGUGGUUGGUGAUGCAGGGUCGUUUACGAGACGCCAAGAAUGUCCUUUUGGAAGUUUCUAAUACCACAGAAGAGGCUGAACUUCGCUUCAGGGAUAUAAUAGUUGCUGCUGGGUUUGAUGAGAAUUGCAAUGAUGAGGUUGUGAACCAGCCUCAAAAGUCCCACCAGGGUGAAGGGGUUUGGAAAGAGUUGUUCCUGAGGCCCACACCUCCUGUUCGUCGAAUGUUGAUUGCUGCUAUUGGGAUUCACUUCUUUGAGCAUGCAACUGGCAUUGAAGCAGUGAUGUUGUAUAGCCCAAGAAUCUUUAAGAAAGCUGGUGUUACAACCAAGGACAAGCUCUUACUUGCAACAAUUGGAGUAGGUCUUACAAAGAUUGUUUUUUUGUCAAUAUCCACAUUCUUGCUUGAUAGAGUUGGUAGAAGACGCCUCUUACAAAUAAGCACUACGGGAAUGAUUUUUGGGCUUACAAUUUUAGGCUUCAGCUUGACCAUAGUAGAUCAUUCCAGCAAAAAGCUCUUGUGGGCCUUGAGCCUUAGCAUUGUGGCCACAUACACUUUUGUUGCUUUCUAUAAUGUUGGGCUUGCGCCAGUAACAUGGGUGUAUAGUUCAGAGGUAUUUCCUUUGAGGUUGAGAGCACAAGGGAAUAGCAUAGGAGUUGCGGUAAAUAGAGGCAUGAAUGCAGCUAUUUCCAUGAGUUUUAUUUCCAUCUACAAAGCAAUCACUAUAGGUGGGGCCUUUUUUUUAUUUGCUGGCAUGUCUGUAUUGGCUUGGGUGUUCUUCUACUUUUGCCUUCCUGAAACCAAGGGCAAGUCCUUAGAAGAAAUGGAAAUGGUCUUCUCGAAAUCUGGUGAUAAAAAUGUAGGGAUCGAGAUGAACUGACCCAAGAUGACUGUUUUUAGGAGAAACAACACUGAACAGAUGGUGUGUGCACAUUUGGACUAAAGGCUAUGAAAGUCUACCUUCCAUAUUGAUAACUUUUACCCCAUGUCGAACCAAAAAAAUUUGCCACAUAAUGACAUAAUUAAAAAGUACCUUUAUAGCUUUGUAGAUACACCCAUG